AUGCGAACGUGCGACCCUCUCGCACCGCCCACGACCAAGCAGGGCACCGUCAGCGCCAUCGAACUGUUCCGUUCGCUCAGCUGGGGCGACCGCCUCCUCGCGCCACUCGUUCUCGCGGCCAUGAUCCUCGGCGUCGGUCUCGGCAACGCUAUUCCGCAGGACCGCCUCGACAGCGUCUUCUCAGCCGAGGGAGGCUCGGCGUCGUGGGAGGGCGUCUCUGUUCCCCUCCUCGUCGGCCUGUUGGUCAUGAUCUGGCCGGCCAUGAGCAAGGUCCAGUGGGAGCGCCUGCCCGUUCUCUUCAAGUCGCGCACGAUCUACAUUCACCUGGGCAUCUCGCUCGUCCUCAACUGGGUCGUCGCACCCUUCAUCAUGGCCGCCUGCGCCUGGAUCGCCCUGCCCGAGGCGAGCAUGGACCGCGAGCGUCGCGGCGUGCUCCUCGUCGGCGUCGCCCGCUGCAUCGCCAUGGUCAUCAUCUGGACCGGCAUCGCUCAAGGAGACGGCGACUACUGCGCGAUCCUCGUCGUCUUCAACUCGAUCCUGCAGAUCGUCCUCUUCUCGCCCUAUGCCAUCCUCUUCUGCGAUAUUCUCGGCGUGCGCGCCGGCACCGACCUCGCCCAGCUCAGCCUCGCGUACGACAAAGUGGCAAAGGCGGUCGGCAUCUACCUGGGCAUUCCGCUCGCGGCCGGCGCCAUCACGCGCGUCAUCGCCCUGACGACCCUCAGCAAGAAGCGCCGCGACCAGUUCUUCGGCUACUUUGGCCUGUUCGGCAUGCUCGGCCUCCUCUACGUCAUCAUCGUCCUCUUCAUGAGCCAGGGCAGGGCCAUCAUCAACAACAUCGGCACCGUCUUCCGCAUCUGCGUCCCGCUCGUCAUGUACUUUACGAUCGUGUGGACGACGACCUUUCUGUCGUUCUGGAAGUUCUCGCAGUCGCGGUGGGGCCGCUAUGCCGGUGGGUACGACAAGGCCGUCACGCAAGCUUUCACCGCCGGCUCGAACAACUUCGAGCUCGCCAUCGCCGUCGCGACCGCCUCGUUCGGCACCGACGCUCCUGAAGCCCUCGCAGCCACACUCGGCCCGCUCAUCGAGGUCCCGGUCCUCCUCGUCCUCUCGUACGUCGCCUUGUACCUGCGCGACAAGAUGUCGUGGGAGCCUGUCGCGCCUCUCGCCUCGAGGGACGCCGAGUCGGUCGCCGAGAAGGGGGGCAUGCAGCCAUGAGCGUGUCGUCGCCGAUUUGUAGACUCGGCUGUAUCGUUACCGCGCGUUGAAGGAC